AUGAAAUUGCAACACUUGGACCUACCAGUGACAAAAUUCGACGCUAAUGUCUGUAAAGCCCUACGUGAGAACACCCAAGAUACGAAAUUAUCAUUCAUCGAUUUGCCUUUUAAUACAGUUGAUGAUACAGAAAACAAAAAUGAAGACUCUUUAAACAAUUUACUAUCCAUCGACAACGGAAAUUCACUCGAGUUUUCUGGAACGAAGUUUGAAAUUCUUGAAGAUGUUUCACUACCAGAAAAUUAUUAUGACGUUGAUGGAAUUGUAGUUGACAAAGAAAUCGAGAUACAUGAAAAUAUAUUUGAGUAUAUUUCACCACCCAUGAAACGCAAAACAUAA